AUGAACCACACCAACUUUACCAAAGUGAAAGAGUUUGUCUUCUUGGAACUGACUCACUUCCGGGAGCUGGAGGUCUUCUUGUUCAUGGUCUUCCUGGCUAUGUAUGUGACGACUCUCCUGGGAAAUGCUCUCAUUGUGGUCACCAUCACCUGUGAGUCCAGCCUCCACACCCCCAUGUACUUUCUCCUGAGGAACAAAUCAGUACUGGACAUUGUCUUUUCCUCUGUAACAGUUCCCAAGUUCCUGGUGGAUCUUUUGUCAAAGAGGAAAGCCAUCUCCUACAAUGGCUGCAUGUCACAGAUCUUUUUCUUCCACUUUGCUGGUGGGGCAGAUAUUUUUUUCCUCUCUGUGAUGGCCUUUGACAGAUACCUUGCAAUUGCCAAACCCCUGCACUAUGUGACCAUUAUGAGGAGAGAGUCAUGGGUGGCCUUGGUGGUGGCUUCUUGGGUGGGUGGUGGAUUGCAUUCAAUUGUCCAGAUCAUUCUUUUGCUUCUACUCCCCUUCUGUGGUCCCAAUGUCCUAGAUGCCUUCUACUGUGAUGUGCCUCAGCUGGUAAAAUUGGCCUGCACGGACACUUCUGCUUUGGAGCUUCUCAUGAUCUCCAACAAUGGACUGGUGAGCUUGCUGUGGUUCUUCCUGCUGCUGAGUUCCUACACCAUUAUUCUAGUGAUGCUAAGAUCUCACUCCAGAGAAGGACGGAGCAAAACUCUGUCCACCUGCACCUCCCACAUGCUGGUGGUGACUCUCCACUUUGUGCCUUGUGUUUACAUCUACUGCCAACCCUUCACCACCCUCCCUGCAGACACAGCUGUGUCCAUCAACAACAUGUCAUCACCCCCAUGCUGA